AUGAAAGUCUUCUCCAACUCAGUCACAUUCAACUACUCCUGGGAGGAAGUUUCCACAGCCAACUGGAACAAGUACUGCCCGUGGAACGACAAGUCAACCCAUGUCAUCGCUGUCGAUACCCUCGCCCGCCGCGUCGAUCCGGAGUCAGGCAUUCUUCGCACCGAGCGUCUCAUCACCUGCAAGCAGACCGCCCCCGAGUGGCUCAAGUCGCUGAUGGGCAACACCAUGGAUGUUUCUUACAUGUACGAGACGUCUUACGUGGAUCCCGCUCGCAAGACUGUCACCAUGGUCUCACAGAACCUGACAUGGUCCAACCUCGUUUCCGUUCAAGAGACCGUCGUCUACAAGCCCCUGAGUCCUACGCAGACUCAGUUUGUUCAGGAUGCCAAGGUUACCGCCCUCUGUGGCGGCUGGCAGCGCAUCAAGAACAGCAUCGAGGACUCGCUUGUUAGUCGUUUCAACGAGAACGCGUCCAAGGGCCGCGAGGGCUUCGAGGCCGUUCUCGAGAUGAGCCGCCGCGUCUUUGCCGAGGAGCGCGAACGCGAGCGUAUGAUGAGCACUCAGAGGGCGACUGCGUAA